GAAUAUAAAAUGGUAUAUUGGUGCAUUAGUUUUACUAAAUACAAAGAGUUGUAGAGCAAUGGGAGAUCAACAGAAAAUUCAUCCGGUUCUUCAAAUGGAAGCUAACAAGACGACGAAGACAACAGCACCAGCAGCUCCAAGAAAGACAGAGCUGCUUCCGAUUCAACGGCCUAUUACGCCUCCUGCGGCUGCGAUGCGUAGUAAGAAGGGAAAUCUGUGCUGCAAAAUAUUCUGUUGGGUGUUAAGCCUUCUAGUCAUUGCAUUGAUCGCGUUAGCAAUAGCGGUUGCGGUUGUAUACUUUGUCUUCCACCCUAAACUACCUCGUUACGGGGUAAACAGUUUACGAGUUACCAGCCUCGGGAUCAACUUAGACCUCUCUCUCUCCGCGGAGUUUAGAGUCCAGAUCACAGCUCGUAAUCCCAACAAAAGAAUCGGGAUUUAUUACGAAAAAGGAGGACAUAUCGGUGUGUGGUACGACAAGACAAAGCUCUGCGAGGGGCCUAUACCGAGGUUUUAUCAAGGGCAUCGCAAUGUGACUAAACUAAAUGUGGUUCUAACAGGAAGAGCGCAAGCCGGGAACACUGUCUUGUCGGCAUUGCAGCAGCAGCAACAGACAGGGCGUGUGCCGUUAGAUCUUAAAGUGGAUGCACCUGUUGCUGUAAAACUCGGGAAAUUGAAGAUGAAGAAGAUUCGGAUACUAGGGAAUUGUAAGCUUGUUGUUGAUAGUUUAUCAACAAAUAAUAAUAUCAACAUCAAGGCUAGUGAUUGCAGUUUUAAAGUCAAACUUUGAGAUGUUCUUAGUACUAGGCUUUUUUACUGUUUACUGGUGUCGCUGUAUUCAUCAUUUUAGUUUGCAUUUGAUUAAUAUUUUGAAUUUCUGGUUUUAAGCUAUAAUAAGAUCCAAAAAUAGUAAACG